UUGUUUCUUUUCUUAGUAAGAUAAGUAGGGGUUAGGAAGAUCAAACAACAGUGAUUAAAAGGAGCCUUCCCUACACUGUAUCUAUACAGCUUUUUUCUUAUACAAUUACAUAGUGCAACUUGCAAAAUUAGUUAUCUGUCAGAGAAGAACUAGAAACACACCUCCCACACACCCACCAAGUGCCUGCCUCCCCUCUGCUCACUACAAACGAUCCUUUGAUUAUUUUUUUCUAAGAUGCACUUUACAACCCGUAAGAAAGAACAAGGUUUCUGUUAAAUGAGAGCUGCUUUUAGUGACAUCUAUUUUAAUGAUUAUUGGAUAAGAUGAAGCUGUUUUAACUCAGUAAUCAGGCCCUCGCUGGAAUCUGCAUUUUCUUAAACAUUAUGUGUUUAAUUCUCUUUCUGACUUAAAGGGACUAUCUCUGAUGAGCACUGAGGAAAGAAGCACUUGUGAUACAAUCUGUAAGGAAGUCGGAAGCUUCCGCUAUGAGACACAGCUACCUAGUGACAUCUGCUUUUUGCAGCUGCUGGAUAUUGCUGUGUGGGUAACACCUCCCUGGCAGAGCUACCUGGUGAGAAGCAAGUGAUUCUGCACCCUUACAGCAAAGAAGCUUCUUUACAUAAUCUGAGAAGAAAGGAGGAGAAAAGGAACUGGGGAAAAAGCAUGAGUUCUGCAAGUACAGAGUCCCCUGAUCUCUCAACCUUCUAUGAAUAUUAUGAUAACUAUAACGAUGCUCCAAAGCCAUGCAGUAAGGAAAGCGUCAGGAGGUUUUCAGCCUCCUUCCUACCGGUUCUGUAUAGCCUAGUAUUCCUGGUCGGGCUCACUGGAAACAUUCUGGUCGUUGUGGUCCUCUUCAAAUACAAGAGGCUGAAGAGCAUGACUGAUGUGUACCUGCUAAACCUCGCCAUCUCAGAUUUGCUCUUUGUUUUAUCCUUGCCGUUCUGGUCUUAUUUCAUGCUAGACCAAUGGGUUUUUGGAACUCCCUGGUGUAAAAUCAUUUCGUGGAUCUACCUGGUCGGGUUUUACAGUGGUAUAUUUUUUAUUAUGCUUAUGAGCAUAGACAGAUACCUGGCAAUUGUUCGUGCAGUGUUUUCCUUGAAAGCAAGGACUGCCUUCCAUGGCUUGAUUACUAGCCUUGUCAUAUGGCUCGUAGCUUUUUUGGCCUCUGUUCCUGAGCUUGUAUUUAGAGAGUCUUUUAAUGAACAUAAUUAUACUACCUGCAAGCUGAGAUAUCCAGGCAAUUUCACAACAUGGAAACUUUUUUCCACUUUGGAAAUCAACAUUUUAGGGCUCCUAAUCCCUUUUAUAGUUAUGACAUUUUGCUACUCCAUGAUCAUUAAAACAUUAGUUCACUGUAGAAAUGAGAAAAAGAAUAAGGCUGUGAAGAUGAUCUUUGCUGUCAUGAUUGUGUUUUUCUGUUUUUGGACCCCUUACAACAUCAUUAUUUUUUUACAACUGCUGGAAACUACGGGAGUCGUUAGAGACUGUCAAGUGAGCACGAAUCUGGACUAUGCUUUCCAGGUAACAGAAAUCCUUGGCCUUUUUCACUGUUGCCUCAAUCCAGUCAUCUACUUCUUCAUGGGGGAAAAAUUUAAGAAGUAUCUGAAGAUGCUCUUUAAGAACUGGCAUUUACCUGGGUAUGUUUGCAAGUGGUGUGGAGUUCACAUCACUUACCUCACUGAGUCUACAAGUUCAUUCCACACACAGUCUACGGGGGAUCAAGAUGCUCUGUAAUGUGUUUCAGACCAGCCACUGAACUCACCAGCAAGCAAUUGACAAAAGCAGGAACUUUGAAAAGCUAAGCAAAUGCAGAUGCAUUUAACAAUAAGCUACUGCUGUGUAAUUACUUACUUCAGCUUUAUUUCUGCCUCUAGAUUUUCUGAAUACUAUGACAGAAGGUGUCCUAAAUGUGAAACACAGGAGAGGGACAUGCAAGUUCUCUCUGCUGCGAUUACAAAUCACUGCUCAGCUGUAAGAGCAGCCUCAGCUCUCUGCAGGGCACCAUGCCAGGUGGCUUCUCUUUCACCAGCAUCAAGACAUUGGGCUGGAUGGAUGGGCAGAGGCGAGACAGCAGCUUGUCAUCAGCACAUACACUCAGAAAAUAAAUUCAUUUAUUCAAGAAGGAUGGUUAUUACCAUAUCUUUUUAUUCUACAGUUGAUCUGUGUAGGACUUGUUCACUCAUGACUCUUAGGGAGCCAUUAACAGUACUUGCUACUGUUAAAUGUUUCAUCUGAGGGGGAGGAUACACCCUCUGACAUUAAGAAAAAGGACACAAAAUAUAUUCUUUAUGUGCACAAACGUGCAAAGCCAUUAUAUUGUGUUGUAGACGCAUUUUUUCUUAGGUUGGCAUAUAUGCCUAUACAUAGGCAUAUAUAUAGGCAUUUUGAAUUACUGUAAUUCAGGAUAGGAAUUCUGUACUUUUAUUAACAUAAAAAAGUUUUAAAUAUUUUUUAAUAAAACUGUUUUAAAAAGCUUA